CAGAGGAACAAGAAAGAAACUGUAAGGGACACACUGAGCAACACCACGGCCAUCGCCGAGGCCUGGGCUCGUCUGGAUCACAAGUUUGAUCUGAUGUACGCCAAGCGUGCCUUCGUCCACUGGUACGUGGGAGAGGGUAUGGAGGAGGGCGAGUUCUCUGAGGCUCGUGAGGAUCUGUCUGCCCUGGAGAAGGAUUACGAGGAGGUCGGGAGAGACUCUCAGGAGCAAGAAGAAGAAGAAGAAGCAGAGGAUCAGUACUAAACCUAAACGAUACAAAGAACUUGAAGCCCCUUUUUUCUGUCCCUGAUGCUUUAUUUUUGUGUCACUAAGGCUUGUGAUUUCGUAGGCAUUCUGUGUUUGAUGGAAGAAAAAAUGAACAUAAUUCAAGACAUCUCAAAGAUUCAGCUGAAUAUCCCAACAUCUGUUCGUAUCGGAAGAAUUAAAGGGUAAUUGAUUCAUGGACGGAACGCAAUCCCAUCAUAUCUGACCCUUUGUGGAGAUUAUCUAUACAUUGUUCACAUUCUCGUUCUAUAGAACCAGUAAGGAAUAUCUUCAGUCCUUUGCAGUUUAGAACAAAGACGUUCAUGUUUGUUUUCCUUUUAUGGUGCCUUCACAAUAUUGAGAGACUUUCUGAUAAUUCAGGAGUAGUUAACAGCUUUCACUUACCAAGUUUCUUCUGCAAGUGCUUGAAGUGUGCUUCUUCAUACUUCAUUCUUGUAAUGUGUUCGUGUAAUUUGUUAGCUUAUUUUUACAAUCAAAUUGUUGUAUAACAUUUUUUCAAUGUUAAAAUAUGAAUAUUUGUUCAUUUUCAAGCCUCAGUGCAUUAAUUAAUGGUCGCUUUGUAGGAUAUAGGCUUCUUUACUUGAAUAACUUAACAGUUUAAAAACAACAGCAAUAUAGAACAUAUUUAUAAUGCAAUAGGAAGAGUUUACAGAGAGGUAUUGACAGUGAUAUCAAUAUCAUUAUUAUGUUUGUGGGUAAGAAAACAAAAUGUCGUGCAAGACUCAAAGCAAAGUAAGACCUAAUUUUUGAGGAUGGUUCGAAAGUGGUCCGGUAUUUCCAAAAAUACAGUGCUGGGUUUGUUCCCAUAAUUAAUUUGUAGUCGCGCAACUGAGCAUGCGUGGCCGGCUGACCGCAUGUAGGUCCGUCAUGGAGACAAGUUGAACACUAACAAUCAAAAUUAUUAAUGUGCCUUGAAAUAAGUAAUCAAUUCUUUGACCUUACUUCGCGUUUGUAAUCGUUAGCUGUGGGGUGAUUAAACAUUUGGCCUAUGUGAAAUUGAAA